CUCGGGGCGGUCGCGGCUCGCUGCCCGCCGGGGCGCUGCGGGGUGCGGUGCUGCCGGCGGAGGGCUCGGGCCGCGGGGACUUGAAAUACUGAACAAAUUCAUUUUUUGUCAGAUGAAACCAAGACUUCUUAAGGUUCAUGAAAACAGUGAGGCUUCUGCUUGAAUCAGACUGGCCACCUGUCUGGUAUGAGAUCCAUCUAGACUGUGGAAGCCUAAGACUCCUUUUGGAUCUGAUUUUUUUUCCCCUUUGUUAAAGAAAAAUGCCUUCCUUGAGUGGAAAAGUGCAGACUGUCUUGGGCCCCGUGGAGCCAGACUGUCUUGGCUACACAUUGACUCAUGAACACUUGAUUAUGAACUACAGCAGCUGCUUCUGUCCACCUUCUCCAGGCCAAGAGCCUUUGUCUAAUGGGCCCAUUGAGAUGAAGAACUUGUUUUGGAUUAAGCAAAAUCCCUACAGCCAUAAAGAAAACCUUCUUUUGUAUCAGGAGACAGAUGCUGUGAGGGAGGAGUUGCUGCAUUUUAAAGCAGCAGGUGGUGGGACGAUUGUGGAAAACACAACUACAGGGAUUGGCCGGGAUAUGAAUGCUUUGAAGAAACUUGCUGAAGAAACUGGAGUUCAUAUUAUUGCUGGUGCUGGGUUUUAUGUGGAUUCCACUCAUUCUUCUCAAACACAGGCCAUGACAGUGGAGCAGCUGACAGAGAUUAUUGUUGAUGAAGUACUCAAAGGAGCAGAUGGGACUAAUAUCAAGUGUGGUGUGGUGGGAGAAAUAGGUUGCUCCUGGCCUUUGACUCCCAGUGAACACAGAGUGCUUCAGGCCACAGCAGAGGCUCAGGCCCAGCUCGGGUGCCCUGUUAUCAUCCAUCCUGGCAGGAACAGCGACUCCCCUUUCCACAUCAUCCGCAUCUUGCAGGAGGCUGGGGCUGAUGCUUCCAGGACAGUCAUGUCUCACCUUGACAGGACCAUAUUUGAUAAAAAGAAACUUCUGGAAUUUGCUAAGCUUGGAUGUUACCUAGAGUACGACCUGUUUGGUACAGAGUUCCUUCACUACCAGUUCCAUCCAGAUAUUGACAUGCCCAGCGACAAUGAGAGAAUUGCAAGGAUUCGUAUGCUGAUUGAAGAAGGCUAUGAAGACAGAAUUCUGAUGGCUCAUGAUCUGCACACCAAGAACAGGCUGAUGAAAUAUGGAGGUCAUGGAUAUUCACAUAUCCUAAAAAAUAUAGUUCCUAAAAUGCUAAUUAGAGGCAUAUCCCAAGAUAAAAUUGAUAAAAUACUCCUAGCAAAUCCCAAGCGGUGGUUGACUUUUAAGUAGGAACAAUGAAUAAAUAUGCCUGAUUUAUAAGGAAGCUUAAUAAAAUUCAGAUUUCAGUAGAACAGUCAUUUAAAAAAAAUUUCUGAAAAACUCAAUGCAAACAAACUAAUUGUAACUUUUCUUUUUAAUUAGAGCAUUAAAACUGUAUAUGGUCUCUACAUUUUCUCCCUUCUAAAAGUUUGCUCAUGAAUGAUUUACUGAAUAUGAGCCUACCUACAGAAUCUUUUCAACUGAAAUUUUAAAAUAAUUGUUUCAAAAGCAUAAUCUAAUACUGUUACUGAUUGUUAUCUUCAAACUACUUCUGAAGAUGUGUCACCUGGAAGGAAAUUUCCUUGGAAGGAAUUUAUGGUUUUCAGUUAAAUUUCCUGUCUUCAGGGGCUGAUUUUAAUCCUUGUAAUACUGUCAAUCUUCUCAUUAUCCUCAUAUUCUUUGAGUAAUACUUGAUUGAAAGGUCUGGAAGUUCUAAUUAGCUUCCAUUGACAAGAGAAGGCAAGAGGAAUCUCAAAUCAAAAAAAGAUAAGAUUUCUUUCUAGUUUAACAAUUUACUUAAUUGUAAGUGAAAAUGUAGAAAAUACAUUGAAAAAUAUAUUUUUGAAUAAAGCAUUUUGAUCACCUCUUAAAGUAUGUGCGGUAUUAUUACAGAUGUCUUUUUCUAAUUGCAUUAAUUUUUUAUCACGAACUUGGAGUCUCACAGCAAUCAUGUAAAACUUGACACACACCAGCUUCUUUUUGUAAGGAUGCAACACCAGCACUCAAAAUAUAUUACAUAAUACAGUUUUAAUGAGUUGUAUUAGUUAUAACAAAGGUUGUGAUAUAAGUCUUUACAAAUCAGUAUAUCAAGAUAUGAUGAAAAAGGAAGAAAUGUUUGCCUUAUAUGUGGUUUUCACAUAAAGUGUGUUCUUUGCUCUUGUCUAACUUUAACCAGGGCAGGUGAUUUAUCCAAAAAAUGGUGUUAUCCAAUAGCAGUGGUAGCCUGAUUUCAGAAGCUUCUUCAAAUUUGACCAUGUAUGUCUCGUAGUAUUGAGCUUUACCAAUACACAGCGUGGUGAAUGCACACUGCAGGUUGUGAAUGAUCCCUAGCUCUAGGUGCAGGACUGCUGGACACCACUCAGGGAAUCUCUAGCUACACUGCUGUGGGAGUGCAGGGCCAGCAACAGCAACGGUGGAGGAGCAGACAAGUCAGGGACACAUCAGGUACUGAAAUAAUCGCCUCGUAGAAAUGAAACAGGAGUAACCACUACAAUGCACAGACAUGAGCUGGCACUUUGUCAUAAGGUAGAAGCAUUGCCCAUCUGGUGAGAUAAUACACAAGCAGCUGGCAGCACCAUGUCCCCUUGUAAACCCUGGAUGAGUUUGCCUGGCGAUCCUCUCCGCAGCCUGGGCUCGCUCGGCGUUUGUUUUGAAUCGAACGACUCAAAGCAGAAGGAGGAACACGUUCUGUUUGAGAAAAGGUUCACUCAUUCAAACGAGAUUUUUAGGGCAAUGUGUAAAAUCCCUAUCAGACUUUUGCUGAGUAGCCAGCACUGGAGAGCUUUUUUUGUCAGAGUGGCAGACACUUUGGAAAUUUUAGUGCAGAUAAAUCUAAGUUUGUACCCUUAUUACAUUAGACAAGGUUGCUUGUGACAGAAUAUAUGAAAUAGCAGUGCUAGGGGUAGCCUCUGUUACUCUUUAAUGAUUUACAGAAAUGUUACGUUGAUUUUGCCAAAAGGUAAAAAUAAAUAACAUAACAAACUGUGCUAAAGAAAUUUAAUAAUCUUGCUGAAAUUUAGGUUUAGAAUGAAAUCUGAAAGUUUUAACCUAAGAGAAAUAGACUUCCAAAAUCAAAGCAAAUAAUAAAUCCAUUUUCUGAAUAAAAAAAGAUCUGUGGACAUUACUGCUAUGACUGAUUUUAAAGCAUUUUUAUAACUAUGUAUCUCUGUUUAGUUUAUUCUCCAAGCCAUUAAUCCUCUAUAUGGAUUAAGCUUCUUUGAGACUUUAUAUAUCUAUAUCUAUAUCUAUAUGAAUGAGAAAAAUAGGUUUUAUAACACACCUUUUUUUUGCAUGUAAAUAUCUGCUUCUUUCUUUGCAUAUGUGUUAUCAUUUUUGGUAAAAUGCUUCUCUGUGUCCAUCUCGUAGGCACACCUUACACAAACUGGUACUAGCUUCCAUGGAAAAGGUCUGUGUGACAGCAUUUUCUCAUGUGUCAGAUCUCCCACUCUUCCUUUGUUGGAAAAACCCCACUGACUUCAGUGAGACAAGACACCUAAGACAAUAAAGGUCAUCUUUAUUCCUAUGAAAUUCUAGUGGAACAUCUGCAGUAUAUUAAUCCAUAACUACUUUAUUAAAAAUAGAACCCAGGUACAGACUAAGUGCUAAAAGACUAAUGAAGACUAAUUGCUGCAAAGAAAACACUCCGCCUCUUAGUCUGAUGGUAUGGAUGCCAGGCUUUCUAAAUAUUUACACAACUAACCAUCAACAAUGGGCCUAUAAUAAUUGUCUAAAUAUAUAUUUACAUGUAUACAAAUUAAAAUCCCUUUUCCACUAAUAGCAGUUAGCCAUUUGCUUUGGUGGAAUCAGGGAUAUGGUCCAAUAGAAUAGCUUGUCAACUGUUAUAUUCUAAAGGGGAAAAUUGUGUUUCUUCUGUCAUUUUCUUUUAGAGGA